AUCUUCAAAAUUUCAAACAGACGUGUUCUUUCAUUCAAACUCAGAUAGGAACACGUAGCAGAGAUGGCGAUCAUGAUUUCAGAUUAUUUAAAAGAGAAAAAAGGAACACGUUCUAGAAUGUAAAGCUGAAGAACCCAGAAAGCCAACCCAGUCAUCCCUGGAACUUAUUCUAUUUCAGGGAACAAUACAGUUCUUGGUAAUCAUCUGCCAAUCUCCACAGAUGGUUUUAUUAAUCUUAUACUUCACUUUCUUCCUUGCCAUCUUCUCUUCUUCCUCUUCUGAUGACAGCUCCACCGUCAUAAUUCGUCGCGUCUGCAGCAAAACACAAGCUUCUGAUCCUCAAUCCUUCGACGUGAAUUUUGUAGAUUCCAUGGAAAUCAUCUAUCAAAAGAUUUCAGAAACGGGUUUCGGUGUCUCAGCUUCCGGGGACAAUGCCUCUGACCUUGUAUAUGGCCUUGGGCAAUGUUACAAUUACCUUUCUAACGUGGAUUGCAGGCUCUGUUAUGCUGAAAGCAGAGUGAAGCUUCCCCUGUGUCUUCCUGCAACUGUUGGCCGAGUCUACCUUGACGGCUGCUUCUUAAGCUAUAGCAAUUACAACUUUUCUCAAGACGUUAUUGAUAAUUCUGAUUCAUAUGUUUGUGGGUCAUCGAAGAAUGUAUCAGAUGAGAUACGAUUCAGUAAUUUAACAACUCAAUUGAUUCAGAAUUUGACAUCAGAGGCCUAUGAACAGGUCGAUUAUUAUAAACAGGGCAGUGUCUUUGUUUCUUCUGGUGUUUCAGCUUAUGGGAUUGCUCAGUGUUGGAGGUCAGUGAAUAAGAGUGGGUGCAAGGAUUGCUUGGAAAGCGCAAGGAAGAAUAUUGUUGGGUGUCUUCCUGGUUCAGAUGGAAAAGCUUUAAAUGUCGGCUGCUUUGUCAGGUAUUCAACGGAGCCGUUUUAUUUGAACGUUUCCUCGCAAAGUGGUUCCUCCUCUGUUGGGAAUCGUUUGAAGGUUGCAUUGGGAACAGUCUUUGCUGUGGUGGUUGUGAUAGGAGGAGCUAUUAUUUUCUGGGUAAAAAGAAGAUCUUUUAGUCGCUUUAAUGAUGCAGAUGGCUCUUCAGAAAUAAUCAGAUCAAUUUCAGAAUCUCAUCUGAGUUUUAAGUAUGAUGAUCUAAGGAAAGCUACCAAUGAAUUCGAUUUGGGAAAUAAGAUUGGCCAAGGGGGUUAUGGAACAGUUUUUAAGGGAAUUCUACCAGAUGGGAGGGAAAUUGCAGUUAAGAGGCUGUUCUUCAACACAAGACAAUGGGUAGAUCAGUUCUUCAAUGAAGUAAAUCUCAUCAGUGGGGUUCAACACAAAAACCUAGUCAAACUCCUCGGUUGCAGCAUUGAAGGUCCUGAGAGCCUAUUGGUUUAUGAGUACCUUUCCAACACUAGCCUGGACCGGUUCUUAUAUGAUGCAUUCAAGAAUAAGGUUUUGGACUGGGAUAAGAGAUUUGAUAUCAUCCUCGGCACGGCAGAGGGGUUAGCAUAUCUCCACGAAGCUUCCGAGAUUAGAAUAAUCCAUAGAGAUAUAAAGGCUAGUAAUAUACUUCUAGACGAGAGAUUAAGGCCCAAGAUUGCAGAUUUUGGUCUCGCAAGGUAUUUUGCUGAGGGUCAGAGUCAUCUCAGCACUGGCAUAGCUGGAACUCUUGGUUACAUGGCUCCUGAGUAUGUUGUCCAUGGGCAGCUAACAGAGAAGGCUGAUGUCUAUAGCUAUGGAGUACUCAUCCUUGAAGUGCUCACAGGCCGGAAAAACACCACUUCAAUGUCAUCAACUGUAGGCCACUACCUUAUGUCACAGGUAUGGGAUCACUAUACUUCAGAGACUCUCAUGGAGACAAUAGAUCCUGCUCUUCAAGGUCAGUGCUCGGAAGAACAGGUUGUAAAGGUGUUCACAAUAGGACUACUAUGCGCACAAGCGUCGCCUAGUCUUCGGCCAACAAUGAGGAAAGUGGUGGAAAUGCUAACCAAUAUGACUAGGGACCUCCCAGUCCCCACUCAACCUCCCUAUAUCAACGUUAAGGGAGUGGACGCCAUAAAUGAGGGAUCUGAAACUUCCUUCUUGAUAUCAUCAGCAUCAAGAAACCCUAUCUCAACGAACCAGAUGUCUCUGAGUAUUCUGCAGGGAAGAUGAUCCAUGGAGUCGAGUUCUACAAACAAAUCUCAGUGAAAUCAGUUGCAAUUUUGCUAUUUUUUCUCUCUUCUUUUUGCAGUAAAAUUAAGAAGUUGCCCAAAAGUUUACAUUUUACAUGAUUUUUACCUGGAAACAGAAGGAUCAUAAACCCGUCCACCCCACCCCCACCCAAAAAUAAAAAAAAAAAAAUCCCCCUUUUUCCAUUUUUCCCCCAAAGGAUUCAGGGUAUUUACAGUGAAAACCAUAGGGAGGCAGAUUUUUGUAAACACUAUACAGUAUAAUGUAAUAGAGUGAGGUUACAAGUAAGGAAAUAGAAACUGCCAACUUCGGAAUGCGAAGUUUAUUGAGUCCAA